UCCAGCCGGGCAGCGAGCGCGGCGGGCGGAGGGGGCCCGCGGACGGAAGACGCGCUGCCCCAGGGUGGCCUGGUUAGGCGGUCGCGCCCUCCCCGCGGCGGCCCUCGCGUCCCCGGCGGGGCCUUCGGGUGGGGCCCCGUGAGCCCUCCGUCGCCGACCCGAGGCGUCCGUUCGUCGGUCCGUGCGCCCGGCGAGCUCGGCGGGGAAGGGCGGCCGCGCCCGGGCCUCCGUCCGCGGACCGCAGUUUGCAUCUAGGUUUAUCGACCAUCAGUGAACGCGCAGAAGAGUGCUGGAGCGAGCCAGCGCAGCAGAGAGCGGAUGCAGCCCACAGGAGUUCAGCGGGCGAGAGCCUUGACCUGCAGUCCCGCAGGCUGGGACGUCUGAGUUGGUGUACAGAGGCGGCUCUGCUUGCAGUGGGUUGUUGCAGGAGGAUGCCGGCGGCUUAAGCUCCCUUGGACAAGAUGGAAGCAGCAGCCCUGGAAUGUCCCAACUCUUCGUCCGAAAAACGCUAUUUCCCCGAGUCCCUGGAUUCCAGUGAUGGGGAUGAGGAGGGAGUUCUGGCCUGUGAGGACUUGGAACUUAACCCUUUCGAUGGCUUGCCGUAUUCAUCACGUUACUAUAAACUUCUGAAAGAAAGAGAAGACCUUCCAAUAUGGAAGGAAAAAUACUCCUUUAUGGAGAAGCUGCUUCAGAGUCAAAUUGUGAUCGUUUCGGGAGACGCGAAGUGCGGCAAGAGCUCUCAGGUUCCGCAGUGGUGCGCCGAGUACUGCCUUUCCGUCCACUACCAGCACGGGGGCGUGGUGUGCACGCAGGUCCACAAGCCCACGGCCGUCCAGCUCGCCCUCCGCGUGGCAGACGAGAUGGAUGUUAACAUCGGUCAUGAAGUCGGCUACGUGAUUCCUUUUGAGAACUGCUGCACCAGUGAAACCAUCCUGAGGUAUUGUACUGAUGAUAUGUUGCAAAGAGAAAUGAUGUCCAAUCCUUUUUUGGGUAGCUAUGGGGUCAUCAUCUUAGAUGAUAUUCACGAAAGAAGCAUCGCAACUGACGUGUUACUUGGACUUCUUAAAGAUGUGUUACUAGCAAGACCAGAACUGAAGCUCAUAAUUAACUCCUCACCUCACCUGAUCAACAAACUCAGUUCUUACUAUGGAAACGUGCCUCUCAUCCAAGUGAAAAACAAGCAUCCCGUGGAGGUUGUGUACCUUAGUGGGGCUCAGAAGGAGACUUUUGAGUCUAUUUUACGCCUUAUCUUUGAAAUUCACCACUCGGGUGAGAAGGGUGACAUCGUAGUCUUUCUGGCCUGUGAACAAGAUAUUGAAAAAGCCUAUGAAAUUGUCUGUCAAGAAGGACCUAACUUAAACCCAGAUCUUGGAGAGCUGGUAGUCGUUCCUUUGUAUCCAAAAGAGAAGUGUGCACUGUUCAAGCCAAACGACGAAACAGAAAAAAGAUGCCCAGUUUACCAGAGACGAGUGGUGUUAACGGCUAGCUCCGGAGAAUCUUUGAUCUGUAGCAACACAGUCAAGUUUGUUAUUGAUGUGGGUGUGGAGAGAAGAAAGGUGUACAACCCCAGGAUCAGAGCAGACUCGCUGGUCACGCAGCCCAUCAGCCAGAGCCAGGCCGAGACCCGCAAGCAGAUCCUCGGCGCUUCUCCCUCAGGAAAACUCUUCUGUCUGUACUCCGAAGAAUAUGCCUCCAGAGACAUGCGGCCGCUGAAGCCAGCGGAGAUGCAGGAAGCCAACCUCACGAGCACGGUGCUCUUCAUGAAGAGAGUGGACAUCGCGGGCCUGGGCCACUGCGACUUCAUGAACAGACCCGCACCAGAGAGUCUGAUGCAGGCUUUGGAAGACUUAGAUUACCUGGCAGCAUUGGACAAUGAUGGAAAUCUUUCUGAAUUCGGAAUCAUCAUGUCAGAGUUCCCUCUUGAUCCACAACUCUCCAAGUCCAUCUUAGCAUCCUGUGAAUUUGACUGUGUCGAUGAAAUGCUAACCAUCGCUGCCAUGGUGACAGCUCCUAAUUGCUUUUCGCACCUGCCCCGCGGAGCGGAGGAGGCCGCCCUAUCUUGCUGGAAGAUGUUCUUACAUCCUGAUGGAGAUCACUUCACCCUCAUCAACAUCUACAAGGCCUACCAGGACACGACUCUGAACGCCGCCAGCGAGCACUGUGUUGAAAAGUGGUGUCACGAUUACUUCCUCAACUGCUCAGCACUCAGGACGGCAGAGGUUAUCCGAGCUGAACUUUUAGAAAUCAUCAAGCGGAUUGAGCUUCCCUACACAGAACCUGCCUUUGGCUCAGAGGAGAACACUCUGAACAUAAAGAAAGCUCUUCUGUCUGGUUAUUUUAUGCAGCGUGCUUUUGCGCCUCCAUCUCCACAUCACACACCUUUCUUCCUCUGCAACACCGCCGCUCAGAUCGCUCGGGACGUGGACGGGUCGGGCAACUACCUGAUGCUGACGCACAAGCAAGUCGCGCAGCUGCACCCGCUGUCCUGUUACUCUGUCUCCAGGAAGAUGCCCGAGUGGGUCCUCUUCCACAAAUUCAGCAUCGCUCACAGCAACUACAUCAGGAUCGCCUCCGAGAUCGCUCCUCAACUAUUUAUGCAACUGGCACCACAAUACUAUUUCAGUAAUCUGCCUCCUAGUGAAAGCAAGGAUAUUCUACAGCAAGUCAUGGAUCACCUAUCCCCUAUUUCAGCAACGAAAAAGGAGCAGAAAAUGUGUGACAAGUGCCCUGAAGCCACUGAACAGAGAUGCACUGUGCAGUGACGCUGCAGAGCGUCCACCCAAAGCCUGAUGUGCAAUAACUGUCCCCAGGGCGGUGCGGCGGCCGGCCCCCGGGCAGCACGGACGCGGUGCCGCAGCCCAAGGAGUCCUGAGGGGAAGAGCACGCUGUAUGACAGUUAGAAACUAAAAACAGAAGUUUUUAUUGAGUUCUUUAAAUUACUACCCCAUGUUUUUCUUCUUACUGGAAAAGUUUUUAAUCAACCGUUCUUAAUUUGACCAAUAUUUUAAAAAAGCAAAGAUAUUUUGUAAAUGUGUCGCAGACACGGGUGACAGAACCCUACAUUUGUAGAGGACCUUCAUCUGAAUAAAGUCAUGAGUUUUUCAGUAAGCCUCCA